AUGACAAAUUCGGCUGCUUUAUAUGAUGAUCCUCGAGUUACCGCCGAGUAUGACAAAGUCCCCCGUGGGAGUGGACUUCAUGCCGGAAUGGCCAUCAGUGCGAAGAAUGAUAACGGCGCGGCCAAAGUCCACAGGAUCGAUAACUCAGCAAGCAUGCUGAGGAAAGCGCAGGAGCUUCACGGAGGCCAGGAAGACAUUAUGUUCGAGUAG